GGCAGGGCCAUGCUGAUCCUGAGCUGCCCGGCGCGGCUGCAGCGCCUGGAGGCAGCCCUGCGCGGGAGCCUGCCGCUCGCGCUGCCGGUGCACGGCGCCGUGAUGAACAUCAACCGAGGCAACCCGGGCGACUUCGAGGUGGUGGUGGACGCGUGGCCGGACUUCCGCGCGGUGCUGGCGCGGCACCGCGGCGAGGUGCCCGCCGAUGACUGCUACAUGAACACGCACGCCGCCUUCUACCGCGACGUGGGCGCCUACCGGGCGCUGCUGGAGAGCCCGGGCGCCGUGCGCUGGGAUGCCGCCUUCCACAUCUUCGGGCUGCAGGACGGGCUGGUGCCGGCGUCGCAGGCGGCGGCGGCGCCCAGGGGCGUCGAGCUGGAGGUGCUGCCCUUCUACACGUACCUGCACCCCGACCCCGGCGCGCUGCCCGAGCCGCGGCUGCCCCCCGAGGUGCGCGUGGGCUCGCUGAGCCCGGCGCACGCCGACCUCCUCAACGACACCUGGGCGUACGGCGGCAACGCGCGGAGCCGGCACUACGUGGCGCGGACACUGGAGCGCUUCCCGAGCCUGUGCCUGCUGGACGGCGCCGCGCGGCCCGUCUGCUGGGCCCUCAUGGACCCGUUCGGCACGAGCGCGCUGGGCUACACGCUGCCCGCGCACCGGCGCCGCGGGCACAUGCAGGCGSUCACGGCGCUGGCCGCGCGCCGCGCGCACGCCCGCGCCUUCCCCGCCUUCGGCCACACGGCGCCCGACAACGCGCCCAUGCAGCGGCUGCAGGAGCGCCUGGGCUUCCGGCGCCUGCCCGGCCUCUGCCACUUCGUGCUGCACAACCCGGGCAUCACGCGGCUGCAGCGCUGGGAGCGGGCGCAGGCGCUGGGGCUGAGCCCGCCGGCGCCCGUGCGCGACGCCCUCCUGCAGCACCCCGACGACCCCGCCGUCACCUACAGCCUGUGGCACGAGUACCCGCUGUGA